AUGCCUUCCGCUAACCCCUAUGAUUUAGAUCCAGAGGUUCGAGCGGUCCUGAAAAUUGAAACAUUUCAGGGUAAAUUCACCACCCGAGAUUUCGUGGAAAACACAUCAAAAAACUUAUUAAAACAUGCCAAUCCCAAAGCGUUUGAUCCAAAACCAUUCAUAAGGACCUUCGAAAGAUCCAUUGAUGAACUUCUUAAAUUGCGAGAAACGGUGACAGAGCAAAGCAAGGACCUGGAAGCAAGUGUGCAAUUAACCGAGGCGGGCCAUCGUAAAAAGCUGCACGAAUUAAAAGUCACCUUUGAGGAUGUCGUGCAUUCUUUUGAAACUUUGGAGACAAGAAUUAACGAAGUCGGCAACAUAGCCAUCAGAAUCGGCGAACAAUUGGAAACCAUCGACAGGCAAAGACUUCGGGCUUCAGAAUCGAAGGAUUUGAUAGAAUACUUCAUGGCAUUCAACAGAGGUGACAUAGCGAGACUGGAGAAUCAGCGAGCAAGAGGAAAGGAUGGUCAAUUCAAGGCUGCGAUCAUCGCCAGAAGACUAAAUGCUAUUGCUAAAGAGGUUGAUAUUCCCGGUGCUGAAGCUGCCAGAGCACGUAUCGAAAAGUAUUGCGAGGUUUUAGAAAAAGAAUUGCUCGAACAAUUUGACAGAGCAUAUAGGCGAAAGGAUGUUACGACAAUGAAGGGCUGUGCAAAAACUCUCCAAGAAUUUAAUGGUUGUGAGUCUUGCAUUAAGCUGUAUGUGAACCAGCACGAAUUCUUUAUCUCAAAAGUAAAUCUCGGUCAGUCUAUUGAAUUCUUGAGCAGUACAAGUUGGAAUGACUUGCCCAAUCCACAAGUUCCACCACCUCCCGUUGAUCAAGGGCUCAUAAACCUUUACGAAGAAAUAAGGACGACAGUGAAGCAAGAAGCCGAAGUCAUAAAUGCUGUCUUCCCUAAUCCAAUCGGCGUCAUGCAAGUUUUCUUGCAGCGUAUUUUUGCUCAACUGAUCCAGACAUAUCUCGAAAGCCUUCUGACCCACGCCGAGAAUAACUCUACAUUGGCCUAUUUGCGUUCAUUGGCGGCAGUGCAUGUUGCCACGAAAGAACUUGCUGAGGACCUGAAGAGCCUUGACAUUCGUCAAAAAGGAUUAUCCGAUCAUAACUUAUUCGAACCGAGCGAAGAGGGUUCUCGCGGGAACAACACCAUCGCAGAAGUUUUGGAACAGUGCAUUGAAGAUCUAUUUGUUCCGUAUACGGAAGGUGAUCGUUACAUCGAGAAGGAAAAGAAAUCCCUGGGAGAAUUGUAUUCUUCGUUGUUAUUGAGAUUUACGGCUUAUCAUGCACCACGAGCCACAAGUUUGAUUCAACGUGCCGUGAAUCAGAUAACGACGUCAUCUCAAACUUUACUUGAUAUUCCUACAACCGAGGAAGACGGAAACCUUUCGAUCAAUGUUUCUAUGUUGAUCCUUAAAAUACACGCUGAAUCCAUUAGACGAUCUGUGCAACUUAGUCCUCCAUCGGAAUUGUAUCCCUGCAAUGCUUGCGUCGAUUGCCUGAAGAAGGUUCAAACGAAUGUAUCUCAACUUCUUGAUGGCAAGAACUUUGAACAUUUCUUGUCCGAGAUAGGAAUCGCAUUUUACGGUAUGUUGCUUGAGCAUUUUAAAAAGUUUGCCGUGAGCGCUGCGGGUGACAUCGCCAAAUAUCAAGAAACCAUUGCUCUCUUCAAGAUUCCUCAAUUGGACGAACGCUUUGAAAUGCUGAGACAACUGGGAAAUUUAUUCAUCGUAAAGCCAGAAAUCCUUAAAUCUGUGCUAAACGAAGGUUAUCUUGCCAAGCUAGAUAUCAAAUACAUUCUCCCGUAUCUGCAAGCUCGUACAGAUUUUAGGUCGGCGGGGAUCGACACGCUCCUCGGCGCGACCACGGAAACUGGCACCGGGGAAAGGAAUUUCAACGAGAAGGCAAGAGCAAGACUUGCAGCGAUGGGACUCAAUCUUGGACCCACGAGUGGAAGGAAAUGGAUGACGUUGACCGAGUGGUGA